CAGUUACCGACUCUCGGUUGUAACCGAUUUUCACUACAUCUUCUUCGUUUCCUAACGUUUGCCGCCAGUAAUUUCGCGCAGAAUGUCUGUGAGAGAUAUUUAUUAUUCCCCAAGAUACGCCGAUGACGCAGGUGAAUACGAAUUCAGGUAAGACUUGAAAAUCCGGAGUAGUUAUUAGUAAUGUUUGCUCCCUUUUCUUCCUUGAUUUCGAAACGCGAAGAAGUGAUAACAGCUGCUUGGUCAAACUUACAAAUAGUGUAACAGCUUCUUCCUAAUAGCGUGUUCUAUUUUUUGUACCUACAAGACAUGUUAUCUUACCAAAGGACAUCGCUAAGAAAGUUCCUCAGAGGCUUAUGACAGAACAAGAGUGGCGAAAUUUGGGGGUUCAGCAAUCACAAGGAUGGGUACAUUACUUGAGACACGGACCAGGUAAACAGCUUCAAAACAACGUGUAACGGUUUCAGAAAUGAGAAACAGAGUAAGACUGCUUAUUGCCUGUGACUUGUCUCUGAUUACGUUUCAAAUCUACCUGUUUUAAGAAUAGUUGUACCUAGUAAAUGCGUGGAAUGAAGUAGAAAUCUCUCCGCCAUUGUUACCGUUUUGGCUAUGUUCUUGUUGAACUGUGUGACAAACUUUGUAGGCACAAGCCAAAUACAAAUUUAAGAGAAUAAUAAACAACACACUUAAGCUCCAAAAUGAUCCCAUGCCCUCACCAAGGCAAAUUUACAAAUUUAAAAUAGGUAACUUGGUUGUAAAUCUAAAUAACUUUUGUCGUAUAAGAAGCUGUUAAUUGCGAAGAAUACGGUUAAAAGUUGUAACCCAUAUUCUACAAUUUUUCUACAGAGCCACAUAUACUCUUAUUCAGGAAGAAAGUGAAGUAAAAAGCCUUGCUCAGGAAACAUAUUGUACAGACAUUUAUGAAAUGAAUUCAAGUUGGAUUUGAAAUGUAAUGAUCAAAACAGGGAUCAUAUUCUUGUCCACUCUGUCAGAGGCAUUUUAAAUGGGUGCAUGAACAACACGAUCAAGCGCUUGCAAAAUCAUCAAGGGGCUGCUUCAGAUUUAACAUGCUGUCAAUGUCUGCCUCUCCAGGACUUAUUGUGGGCCUGUUAGUUAUAUUUUGUACAUAUAAAUGCAAUUAUUUUUACUGUGGAAGUCUUAGAUAGCUGUCUUUGCAUGCUUGCUCUCAAGUUACCUUAUUGGUGGUAAAAUGUUUGACCUUGUUUGAAUGUUCUUGCCUCAAAAUUUUCAUGUGUUUCAAUCAUGGAAAAACAUGCCGCUUUUAAUUUUACUUUAAGUAAGAUUU